AGAUGCCAUCUGGUCUGUAACCGUACCGUGGUGGAAGCCUGAUUCCCAGGACCCCAUUUGGCUGAGAAAAUAGUAACAAAAACACCUGUGAACCCUCACGUUUUCCUUCACUUUCCUUUUAACUUUUCCCGAGAACCAAACAAACGUUGAAGCUAGCUGCAGUUGGAGACUAGCAUAGAAAUUUAGAAAUGGCCCAAGAAUAGUUUUUUUGUUUUGAAAAAACCCAUCUUCUACAAAAUCUGCAGGUAAGGCAAAAAACCCAUCUUCUGUUUCUUACACAAGUGGUGGGGUUCGUUGAUUGAAAUUCAAUCCCAAGAAUGGAUGAUCAUCCGGACACCAUUGUCGAACACAGAGAAGAACUCAUGGUUUCACCAACCGGGGGAUGUCCAACGCUGAGAACGGCAUACUUUCUCAAUCCUUCUGCCUCCAUUGAUGGACACGUUCUUGAGCUUCCUUCUUCUCUGUCUAAAUCAACAAAACCCUCUACUUCUGCAGUGCAGCGGCAUAUGAAGGUUCAGUUAAAAGGAUGGAGACGCCCAUCCCAGCAAUGGAAUCAAUGGGUUCAGAGCUUGCGACCUAUGUACCAAUCUUUAUGGAAGCAGGCUGGGAUUUAUGAAGCAAUCAUGGGUUCUACGUAUGAAAUCAAACAACACAGAGAACUUAUUCUUGGGGUUGCGGAAAGAUGGUCUCCGGAAACAAACACAUUCAUCCUUCCUUGGGGUGAAGCCACGAUUACUCUUGAAGAUGUGAUGAUCUGUGGUGGCUACUCUGUUUUGGGUUCCUCUUUUUCGAGCCCUCGGAAGGGUAAAAAUCUGGUUGCAAUCGAAGAAAAACUGAUAGAAGCACGCAAAGAGGCUGUAACAAUGGGUGCUAAAGUUGCCUCCCAUAAAUCGUGGAUGGGCUAUUUCAUGGGAACCAGGCAUGAAUUAGAGCAUGAAGCCUUCCUCUCCCUUUGGUUAUCCAGGUUUGUGCUUGUGUCGUCUAGUUAUUAUGAAUAUAUAGUACAGCAUGCUUUCCCCAUUGCAAUCCGUUUAGCCAGAGGUACUCGAUUUGCACUUGCACCAGUAGUGCUGUCUAGUAUAUAUAGAGACUUGGGUUUUUUGAAAAAUGGGUUCUUUGGGUCAAAUGCGAUGAACUAUGAUGGAUUGCCUGCUGUUUAUGCUCCAUUUCAGUUGCUGCAGCUUUGGAUUUGGGAGAGACUUCCGGAAUUGAGGCCAAUUCCCAAUCCCAUCUCCAUUGAUGAGCCAAGACUAGCACGGUGGCAUGGACUGAGAAUUGAGAAUGUUGGUGAUGUGGGUCUGGCCCUAGACUUAGCUGGAGAAAGUUUUCAGUGGAGGCCUUAUGGUAUAGCAGUUAAGAACUGGGAUUUUCCUAAGUUUUAUGUUGAUGAAGAACAAUGGAUAUCAGUUGAAUGUCAAUUGCAUGAACAAUUUAUUUCAUUUGCUAGAUUUUUGAGGGUAGGUGAGCUUGUUGGAAUGGGAUGCAUAGAGCAGUACCUUCCACAUAGAGUUGCCAUGCAAUUUGGAUUUGAUCAAGACCUUCCUGGAAUCUUUGCCAGGUGCAAUGCGAAUCCCAGAAUUGCUUGGAGGAAUUACAACAGGCCUAUCAAUGAUGCUAAGCUAUAUAUACCACCAAGGCUUCAUGAGUCUGAUGUUAGUACUAUGUACUUAGAUUGGUGGAAGAGAUCAAAUUCAGUCCAGUAUGGUGCUAUAAAGUCAUAUGUGAGGAGGCGAAGGAGUUCAGUAAGAUUCCAAGACAAUUCAGUGGUAAACAAGGAAGACGACAGUCUCUCCAUCCCUCCUGGUUUUACUUUGAAACAUAAAUUCUUGGCAAAUGCCAUCAAGGGAAACAAAAUUUGUAGAACUACUGAUGUUGGUGUCCAAUCUUCAAAUUCUUAUGCUGAAGCUGGUAAAAAGAUGGUGCCAGUGAUAAAACAGGAGACUGAAGAACUCUCCAUCCCUCCUGGUUUUGGACAUAAAAUCUUGGCAAAUGCUGGCAAUGGGAACAACAUUUGUAGAACUAUGAGUGUUGCUAUCCAAACCUCAAAUUUGUAUGAUGAAGCUGUUAGAAAGAUGGUGCCAGUGAUAAAGCAGGAGGCUGAAGAGCUCUCCAUCCCUCCUGGUUUUUCUUUGAAGCAUAAAUUCUUGGAAAAUGGUAGUAAAGAAAACAACACUGAUGCUACUGUUGAUGUGACCGUCCAAACUUCAAACUCAUAUGAUGCAGCUGUUAAAGAGAUGGAGCCAUUAUGUAAACUGGAGACAGAAGAAAUGGAGGUGGAAUCAGGUUUCAAAAAUGGAGGAGAAAGCAGUAGCUAUGCCCUAUUAAGUAGUUGCAAGAAUAGAGCUCGAAGCUUGCAUUUUCAGGUUAGAAAAAGUAGCUGCUGAUCUUAAGCCAGAGAGAUUUGGUAAUAAUUCAAAAAGGCUUACCAGAUAGCAUUCUUCUUCAUGGAACCUUAGGGAGACAAUGCAGUUCCUUGGAAGGCUUGUAAUCAUCCAUAGAAUGGUACAAACAGGUAUAUCAUGUAAAUAAUUUUAAUAGAACCAACAAAUAGCUUAUGACCUGUUAUUUUCUGAUAUGUACUUCUAUGGUUAAUUGAAUGACUUGUUCUAAUUUCAUGCUCGUUAAUUGUAAUUAAACAUGUUUGCAUCAU